AUGGCAUUACUCCUUGGAGGAAAGAUACGUGCUAAACUUGAGUCAGAACUUAAUGGUGCUGAUGGUGUAGUUAUAGAGGAGGGGAGUGCGGGAGAGGUAGGAAAAGUAGCAGUUCAGAGUGGCAGCACAACUGGUGACACUCCAUCAUCUGCUAGAUUGUUUGAUGCUAUUGUCGGUGGGUGUAUUCCUCUUAUUAUUAGUGAUGAGCUAGAGCUUCCCUUUGAAGGAAUACUUGAUUAUCGGAAGCCAGGAUCACUUUUAAAGUUCCUCAGAAGUGUUAGUCCUGCUCAAAUCUGGGCAAUGCAAAUGAACUUAGCUAAGGUCUGA